UGUUCUCUUUCUUUUUUUGCUGUGACUUAGUAAGUGAACACGUUAUUGAAAGCUAUGCGCAGCCUGUUUUCGAAUCGCUACAAUAAUAAACGCCGUGAGUUGUACGAUAAUAACGAAGAAGCUAGGGAAGACCAGCCAAGUUUGCCCAUUUACGAGCGUGCCGCGGGCAGGCGCUACAAAUCCUAUCGGCAGAUGGCCAACAUUUCCAGGGAGCAGCUCCUCAGUGACUCCUGGCUGUCCACCGACCGACUGCCCAUUGUGAUGCGCCGCAGUAUCGAGCGGCGAACCAAUAGACUGCUGAUGCCUCGCUACAAUCCGGCCUUGGCCACCCAUGAGUUCAGCCACAAUGGCCGGCCACGUCGUGGUCGUCCUCCGGCCGCCGCCACUUUGGCCAGAUCCGCAUCCGAUUUCGCCGUUCAAGUCGGCGGUUUGCCCCGUCCCGUUGGCGGCGGGGAGGAGGCGCAGGAGUCGGACUCCGAUCCGCAGUCCCCGGUACAAGAAAUCAUAGAUGCCGACGAGUAUCCCGACACGGAAUCGGAAACGGAAACUGGCCUCCAUUUGAACACAGAUCUUGGCCAGCCAGAGGUGGGCCAGAAUAACUUGGUCACUCCCAGCCAGAACUUGGCCAUGAACUCAGGUCAUAAUGUUGCCAUGAACUCAAACGACAGUUUGAACCCGAACUCGAUUCAAAACACGCCCCAGGAUCAAAAUCCGAACCAGCAACAGAAUCAGCACUAUUCUCCGGUCAUUUUCACCGACGACGAGGAUGAAAACAUCCCACCCAAUCUCUCGGUAAGGACAUUCUUGGGUGCCCACCGACCACCGAAUCGCUGUUUCAUUUGCCCGGAGCAAAACUGCCAGCAGAUCUUUGAUGUGCGCCGCGAUUUAUACAAGCAUCAGCGCGACGCCGGGCACCACAACUGGUCACACAAGUGCGAGAAGUGUGGCCAGAUCUUCCGCACUGCGGGCUUCAAGCGCAUGCAUGCCGAUAAGGCCUGCGAACGGAAUUUGCAGAAGAAGAAACUCAAAACCAAAUGAAAUUAAGGAACUUGUGCGGGAACAAUGCCAGAAUAAAUCCAUCCCACCUAUCUCAUUUGUUCUUCCAUUCCCUUACACAGGAAAAAAAAAAUUUCGAUGUAACAUUUAAAUAUUAUUGAUAAUAAAAUUGAUUUUGUUAUGCUUCGAA